AUGUCCUGCUCGCGCAUCACCACCUGCCUCCCCGCUUCAGGCAGCAACAUCCACAAGGCAGAACUCCCAGACAAUGCCUUGGUCCUUCCCCCCACUUCCCAGCUCCAGUCUCUUCUCACAAUCAUUCGUGAUGAACAAACUCAGAGGGGUGACUUUGUCUUUACUUCUGACAGGAUCAUUAGAUUGCUUGUUGAGGAAGGCUUGAACCACCUCCCCGUCAUUCCCAAGAAGGUUGUUACCCCCGUCGGCAAAGAGUUUGAAGGUGUCGCUUUCCAGGGCAGAAUCUGUGGUGUUUCUAUCAUGCGAGCUGGAGAGGCUAUGGAGGCUGGUCUUCGUGAUUGCUGUCGUUCUGUCCGAAUCGGCAAGAUUCUGAUUCAGCGGGACGAAGAGACCACUCUUCCCAAGCUCUUCUACGCUAAAUUGCCCGAUGACAUUGCCCAACGAUACGUUCUCCUCCUAGACCCCAUGCUUGCCACAGGUGGAUCUUGCAUCAAGGCGAUCGAAGUCCUUUUGGACCACGGCGUGCAAGAGGAAAAGAUUCUAUUCCUCAACUUGAUUGCUUCCCCCGAGGGUAUCAAGAAGGUCUGCACUCGAUUCCCCAAACUCACCAUCAUCACCGCCUGGGUCGAUGAGGGACUCGACAGCAACUCUUACAUUGUCCCUGGCCUCGGAGACUUUGGAGACAGGUACUUUCUGUAA